AUGUCUGCCCAUUCUGCCCACCCUGCCCACUCUGCCCUCAUUCAUAUUUAUAAUGGAAUUCCUUUCACAACAAGAUCAUCUUCGGAUCUUUUAAAUUCUUUAAACACUUUUCAGGCUCGAGAAGAUGAUUUACUUCUGGUGUCUUAUCCAAAGUCUGGAACGCACUGGCUUGCAGAAAUCAUGAAGCAUUUAUACCCCUGUAAAGUAGCUCUGACUUCGCCUAUUGAGUUUGGAGACACAGCAAAACUUGAAGAAUUAAAAAAUAUCACAUCCAAGAGAAUUAUCCCAACACAUUUAAACUAUGAGAUGAUACCAACCGAUUUUAAAGUUAAGAAAAGCAAGGCCAUCUACAUUAUUAGAAACCCCAAAGAUACUGCAGUGUCCUUGUUUCAUUACUACAAGGACAACCCAAACCUUCCCACCAUUGAGACCUGGCAAAUGUACUUUGAGAUGUUCUUACAAGGACAGGUUGUGUGCGGACCCUGGUUUGAUCACAUCUUGGGAUGGGAGGAGCACAGAAAUGAAAUGCCAACCCUUUUCCUUUAUUAUGAGGCGAUGAAGAAGGAUUUGCCAAAAUCAAUAAGAAAAAUAAGUACAUUCCUGGGGAUAAAUGUAAAUGACGAUGAAAUUAAUGAGAUCUGUAAUAAGACGUCUUUCAGCGAAAUGAAAACCAACGUGGAGAAAGAGAACACGGAUCCCAAACACACGGUGUGUUCUCUGACAUCCAACAAGAAGCUGAUAUUCAGGAAAGGCACAGUGGGCGACUGGAAGUUCUACUUCACACCAAAGCAGAAUAGACUGUUUGAUGAACUCUACAACUCAAAGAUGAAUUCUAGCUAUUUGGCGAAACAAAUACAAUACGAGACUGAAAAUGUGGUUUAA